UUAACUUCACUACAAGGUUUUGUGUCGCCGGUUCCUUUUCUAAGAGGACGACGAAAGUUGGUUCGUCGUGGCCUGCAUCGCCUAUCGUGCCGAACCUCGGCAAAGGGGGUGAGGCGGCCAGCCGGAGAAAUGGGGGCGCGGGUAGCAGACAACACGGGCGCCGCAAGCGGUGCCGCCUCGAGCAGUUCCCGACGAAGGGUCGCGACAGUCGUCACCAUCAUGCUGUUUCCAAGCAAGACGGAGGCAAGGGCGUCUGCUGUAGCCGUCGGAGGAUUUAGGCAAGGAUGGGCGAGAGUCGACCGCAUGGUCUUCCAUCCCGCGGACGUCUUCCCAACCGAGGUGGAGCUUAGGGAAGACCAAGGGACCCUUGAGGACCCGCCACGGAUUUAUGAAUUUGUGACAACGACCAUGAAGCUGGUUCUAAGCGUCGGCGUCUGCCCCCUUAGGAAGACGCAUUGGUUCGACGUCGGGGUCGUCUACGACGUCGUGAACGAGUCUAUCCACCGCAAGUUCGACGACGAGAUCAUGUGGUUGUCCCUACGCAUUAUGCGGAACCACCACGAUCGGCAGGGGCCAUUCAUAUACAUCGAGCAUUACGAUCGCGUGGGACUGAUGGCUGGAGCUCGGUGCGACCUGACGAUCCCCAAGUAUUUCCUGAUUCGAGAUACGAACGAUGCAGACCGCACCGCCUGGGCGGAGAGGAUGUCGAUGGUGUUCGAUGGGACUCCGACUCGAUGGCUCGGCUUUGUCGGAAUCGUCAACGACGGACGUGGGUUUCUUCCGGAAGAGCGAUCGGAGAUUCGACCGAACGUGAUUCGGCGUCCGAACGAGGUGCAGGGGCAUACAUUGUAUUUCCAUCGUGUCUCGAACAUGGAGCUUGUCUCUCGAGUCACCGUUGUAGUACUCUUCAGACGAUCCGGAGCACGAAUGGUGUUCCUUUGGCUUCAAGACACUUCCGCCCGACACCUUAAGCGCCUCGAUGUACCCUUCUGGUCCGUCCUGUUGACAUUGGCGCGACGAAUGACGGAUCUCUACAUCACGAGCGACCUACGACUACGAUGGCAAGGACGAGUGCGGAGGAUGGCGAUUAACGAGGCGUUCAUCCGGUGGCAUACCCGGCUAGACAGACGCGCUCGGGCGACUCACACCGCUUUACGGCCGCUAGGAGGCCAAAAAGUAAUGGAGCGUGGAUCUGAACCAACCACGACGCAAGAAGGAACAAGCAGUCUGGUGGCGCUGGCGUCAGAGAUGGUGGAGCAUAAGGACGAUCAUGCAAAAGGGCAGGAGAACGAGAAUGAACGGGGAGUGGACGAAGAGCCUGGCACGAGCGUAAAUACCUCGCGCUCUCCAUUAAUGAGAGAAAAUCAAGUGCGAAAUGCCAUCAAGUUCUUGUCGCAUCCGAAAGUGCGAGGAUCCCCAGUGAAGUUCAGGAGAGCCUUCUUAGAAAAGAAGGGCCUCUCUCAAAUGGAAAUCGACGAGGCAUUCCGCAGGGCGCUGGUACAGUCUCUCUGCUUCACGGCCUGUGAUUCAUUCCCAGGAUUGCCUAGUUCUUUCUGUGCUAUGAUCUUGUCCAUUUUUCUUGAGGCAAAACUCAAAUUUUAGACAAUGCCAUGCAUCACAACUCGAAUAGAAAAAGAAUGAAUUCACGAGAGAAGA